UCCUGUGGCGCCAAAACAGUCUCUUCUCAGCUUCUUUCCAGAAUACGUCCAUUGCGGACAUACACUUAUCUAGGAUUAAAAACAAAAUCCCGUGUGCGGUGUUUAAUGUGUCACCCACACCUGCAGUUUCUCAGCGCGUCUUGUGGUUUUCAGCCCCUGUCGGUUUCGCCAUGAAAGACGACGAUGAUUUGACGGCAGGGUUUCAUUCAACUCAACACCAACUCCAUGCUAAUGUGGCGGCUGUUCCUGAAGGGCUUUGCUGGGUGUCAAUCCUCUCCUGUUUACUGCUCGCGUGCUCCUAUGUCGGAAGUUUAUACGUUUGGAAAAGCGAUUUACCAAGGGAUCAUCCUGCAGUGAUAAAGAGGCGCUUCACUAGUGUACUGAUUGUGUCAGCUCUGUCUCCACUGUUUGUGUGGGCAUGGAAAGAAUUCACAGGCAUCCAGCCUGGUCCUUCAUUACUGGCCCUUAUGGGGAUCCGGUUGGAGGGGCUCGUCCCUGCUAUCAUCCUACCGCUCGUACUGACCAUGGUGCUGUUUCUGGGCCCUCUGAUCCAGCUAACCAUGGAUUGCCCCUGGGGGCUCAUUGAUGGGAUAAAAGUUGUAGUCGACCCAUGCUUCUGGACACUGUGUCUGAGCGACAUGCGCUGGCUGAGGAACCAGGUUGUAGCGCCCCUGACAGAGGAGCUGGUUUUUCGGGCAUGCAUGCUUCCCAUGCUGGUCCCCUGCGCCGGCCCCUCCACCGCAAUCUUCACAUGCCCGCUCUUCUUUGGUGUGGCUCAUUUUCACCAUGUAAUCGAGCUCCUUCGGUUCAGACAGGGCACUGUCUCAGGGAUUUUCCUCUCUGCAGUGUUCCAGUUCUCCUACACGGCAGUAUUUGGAGCUUACACCGCCUUUAUAUUCAUCAGGACAGGUCAUUUGGUGGGUCCUGUGCUGUGCCAUUCCUUCUGCAACUACAUGGGUUUUCCAGCUCUCGGCACGGCCCUGGACCACCCGAACCGCCUCACGAUUCUCUCUUUCUACGUGCUGGGGGUCUUUCUCUUCUUCCUCCUCCUCUUUCCCAUGACUGACCCGCUCUUCUACGGUUUGCCCACACCCGUCUGCACCCUGACCUCCACGCAUGGAUCCAUCUGUGCCUGAUCCGAUCCUGCGUUGCAUCCAUUCCUUCUCUCCGGCCACUUGAAAAGGUUUAGUUGCUGAUUUCACCAGGAGAGCGAGGGACUGCUGGAGAACAGGUAUGAGAAUACACCGCCUCCGUGAGGUGCUUGGAUGAACUCGGUGGAAAGCAAAACAUCCUCAGGUUUCACUGGAAGUUCUUUUUACCAUUCAGCCGAGACGUUGCGUUGUCAAGUGACUUUCGGGCUUACGUUUGAUAAAGACAAGUUGAUUAUAUGCGUCUGCAUGUCUAUAUGACAACAUUUCCAUGUGUUUAUCAUGAGAUUGGUGCUGGGGAUAAAGAUCAGACACAAUUACGGGUUUCCUGGGAAGAUUUGUACACUGAAAUGUGCAUUUCUUAAAUGCAAAACUCCCUAUUUUUCUGUUCUGAUAUUAGAGUCUUGCUCACAUACACUUACAUUGGUCUGGUGCCCUUACUUGAAGACGACAUUUGUUUUUCCAGACGUCACAGAUAUGUUUUUGUUUGUUUUACUCUUGUUUUUUAAAUCGCAUCACUCAAUUCAGUAGGCUUAAAUUUAGAUAAAUGUCUUUAGGUACACUAUUGGAGCAAUAGACCUUGACCUAUUAGAAUAACUAGAUUUAGCAAGUGUGUAUCAGAAGUUGAAUUGCCCUGAGCAGCUUUUUAUGUAAGUCUAGACAGAAUUGUAGCCUCAAGCACAACAACGUUUCAAAUUAUGAGGUCUGGUAGGUCCUUCGCUUUAAAAAAAUAAAUAAAAAAUCGCUAAUACCAA